AGACUCCGCCAUGGCUGCCACUCGGAGUCCCGUCCGAGAUCUCUGCGAGGAAGCCACUUGCCCCAUCUGCCUGGAGUAUUUCAGGGAUCCAGUGAUCAUUCAUGAGUGCGGGCACAACUUCUGUCGAUCCUGCCUGAUCCGGUGCUGGGAGAAAUCCGAGGGAGAGGCUUCCUGCCCUCAGUGCAGGGAAACGGUUGAGCAAAGCAGCAUCAGGAGAAACCAGCAGCUGGCAAAUUUUGUGGAAAUAAUUCAGAAAUUCAGCCAUCCGGAGGGGAAAGAGGAGGUAGAAGGAAAAGGAAGAGUCUGUGAGAAGCACCAGGAGCCCCUGAAGCUCUUCUGCCAGGAGGACGGAAGACCCAUCUGUGUCGUGUGUAAUGUUUCCAAGGAGCACAAAAGACACGAGGUGGUUCCUCUAGAGGAGGCGUCCCAGGAAUACAAGGAUCAAAUCAGCAGCUGCCUAGACAAUGUGAGGAAGGCGAGAGAGAAAAUUCUAGUAUUGAAAGCAGACACAGAAAAGGAAAGCCAGGACCUGCUUAAGCACGUGGAAGCAGAGAGAGAAAAGACUGUGGCUGAGUUCAGGCGACUCCACCAGUUUAUGGAAGAACAGGAGAAACGUCUUUUGGCCCAGAUGGCAGAAGUGGAGAAGGAGAUUGCAGCAAAAAAGGAGGAGCACCUGGCCAGACUCUCCGGGGAACUCUCCUCUCUUGAGAGCCUCAUCCUGGAGAUGAAGGAGAAGCUUCAGGAACCAGCAAGUGAACUCCUUCAGGAUAUUGGAAGCUUCUUGCAGGGGUCUCAGGCAAAGGAGAACUUAGAGGAUCCUCCUGUGGCUUUUCCUCCUGCCCUGAAGUGGAAUAUCUGGGACUUCAUUGAUAUAAAUCCCUUCCUGAAGGGAGUCAUGAAGAAAUUUAGAGACACUGUGGAAUAUGGACUUCAGCUGCAAAAAGAAAACGUAAGUCUGGAUCCAGAUACAGCACAUCCCAUCCUCAUCCUGUCUGAGGAUGGAAAGAGUGUGAUAAAGGGAGAAGUGCGUCAAGACCUGCCAGACUACCCUGAGAGAUUUGACACAUAUAGCUAUGUGCUGGGAAGUGAGACCUUUGAGGAAGGCAGGCAUUUCUGGGACGUCGCUGUGGGGAGCGAGGGGGAAUGGGCCAUGGGGGUGGCCAGAGAGUCUGUGACGAGGAAAGGCAAGUUUACCCCUGGUCCUAAGGAAGGGAUCUGGCGCAUAGGGAAGUGGAAGGAUCAAUACAGGGUCUCCACCCACACCGGCUGCCCUAUUUCCAUGCUGGGUGGGGAGCCCAAAAGGAUCCGAGUGACCCUGAACUGUGAAGGGGGACGGGUGUCCUUUUACAAUGCUGAUACAGCAGCCCUCCUCCACUCAUUCUCAGAAGCCUCCUUGUCUGGAGAGACCCUCCUGCCCUUUUUUUACGUGCGCGAGAAAGCGAACCUGACACUCUUUUGACUGAGGGUGGAGACAGACAAGCAUAUAUUCAUUGACAUCAUGACAUAUUCAGUCUCCUCUUCAGGACUAAGCUGACAAGCACUUGAGAAACCAUAUUUGCAGAACUGUGAUUGGCCAUCCCUUGUGUCAAUCAUGAUGCAACUCUCCCUUCUUAGAAUAGCUUUGUAAAUGACAUUGAUUGAUUGGGUCCCCUGUCAGUCUCCAGAUUUGCCUUUUCUCUCUCCCUUGGGGAUCGGCUGUUUCUGUCUGUGCAGGAGGUACAAAAGGAGGAAAGAAGCAAGAAAAUGAUUUAGGAAACAACAGCAACCCCCCCCCCAUUCCUGUUUCGAUGUAGUUCUUUCUCCUGCCUCCAACUCUGACUUAAGAUUUCUACAGACAAUACCAUCAUCUUUCCUGAAUAAAAUCAGAAUUAUGCAGGGGCCUUACUUAAAACCUUCCUCAUCCUCAAUCCUGCUCUGAUUCCAUUUUCCUUCCCCAGAACCUCCACUGGCCAAGGAGAUGGAAGUUCCAAAAUCCCCCUCUUUUUUUGCUCCUACUCAGGGAAGCUUAUGUGGCAAUUCAGCAAAAUAUCCAUAUCUAAAGACCUUUUUGUGAGUUGAGUAUAGUCAGCCCAGAAUUCACAGCCUGGAGCCCUUCCUCAAAACACAGAUUAAUAAAUAGAAAGAGGGCUGGAGAUGAGGAAAAACUGUUAGAAGGGACUCUGAGAUCUCAGAAAAGUCUUCAGUGCCCAGAAAGCAAU